AUGCCUGGAAUACCGACCGCGAAGGUCACUGACCCAGAGAUGGAGUCAAUCGCGGUCAUUGGAAUUGGGUGUCGAUUUUCAGGAGGUGCGACGUCAGUGGAGGAUUUCUGGCAGAUGCUAUGCGAGGGGCGAACUGGACACGGAAAGAUUCCCUCCAGUCGUUAUGAAGCGUCCGCCUUUCAUCACCCGACUCAUGAACGAAAAGGCGCGAUCAACCAUGAUAGUGGUUUCUUUUUGCAAGAAGACCCGGCGCGCUUUGACGCGCCGUUCUUCUCGAUCACUGCUAAGGAGGCGGCGGGAAUGGACCCUGCGCAGCGACUUUUGCUCGAGGUCGCCUAUGAAACCUUUGAAAAUGGUGGAAUUCCCAUUGACACACUUCCAGGGAGUGAUACGGCUGUAUACUCCGGCUCAAUGACCAAUGAUUAUGAGUUAUUGUCAACCAGGGACAUUUAUGAUAUGCCCCACAACUCAGCCACUGGAAAUGGCAGAACUAUGUUGGCCAACCGGUUGUCAUGGUUUUUCGAUCUCCAGGGCCCGAGUAUUAUGAUGGAUACCGCGUGUUCUUCAAGUCUUACUGCAGUUCACCUGGCUACCCAGGCCUUGCGCUCCGGCGAGUGCGGAAUGGCCCUUGUGACAGGAGCUAGUCUCAUUUUACACCCUAAUUUUACACAGAGACUUUCAUAUAUGCACAUGAUGAGCCCUGAUGGUCUUAGCCACUCCUUUGACGAGUCCGCAAACGGAUAUGGUCGAGGAGAAGGUUUUGGUGCAGUGCUUUUGAAGCCUCUCUCAGCUGCUAUGGCUGAUGGAGAUAAUAUCCGAGCCAUCAUCCGGGGCACCGGAAUUAACCAGGACGGUCGCACCCCUGGAAUCACCCUACCAAGCCCGACAUCUCAAGCGAACUUGAUUCGGUCUACCUAUGAACGGCAUGGCCUUUCAAUGAGAGAUACGGCUUACUUUGAAGCACAUGGAACCGGUACCCCUGUCGGUGACCCUAUAGAAUUAUCUGCUGUCGGGAUGACGCUUGGUCAGGCUCGAACUGAGACCGACGAGCCGAUAUAUGUGGGCUCCGUGAAGACCAAUCUUGGUCACACUGAAGGCGCCGCUGGUGUCGCUAGUCUAAUUAAGGUCAUCCUAUGUCUGGAGAAGGGUACAUUGGUACCGAAUGCCGGAUUCAAAAAUAUCAACCCCAAAAUCCGCUUAGAGCAAUGGAGACUGCGCCUUAGCGACAAGACGAUGCCAUGGCCUGAUCAUCUGCCCCAGCGGGCAAGUAUCAACUCAUUCGGAUUUGGUGGCUCAAACGCACAUCUUAUAUUAGAAAGCACCAAAGAGUUUUUCAAGGGAGAUGGCGAGGACAAGGACCCCCUCCCUCAUAUCGUGGUAUUCUCGACCUUUGAUCAAUCAGGAAUUGAGCGACUUGGCGAAAAUUGGAGCAAAUAUCUUCUCCGGCAACAAAAAGCUGAGCAAGACAUGCCGUUAAAGGACCUCGCUCAUACAAUGUUGACGCGCCGUUCGCAAUUGGGCUUCCGCAGUUUUGCCGUCGCCAACUCUCUCGGUCAGCUGCAGACCAGUCUUGAGAAAGGACUGCCAAAAUUUGCCCGCGCCAGCCGCAAAGCCCAAAGUAAACUUGCCUGGGUUUUUACCGGCCAAGGUGGCCAGUGGCCUGGCAUGGGUAAAGAGUUGUUGAGGGUACCAGUGUUCAAGGAGAGCAUUGCUCGGUCACAAGAAAUCCUCACAUCGAUGGGUUGCCCUUUCGAUAUCGUCCAAGAGAUCCGCUUGGUUGCAAAGGAGAGCCAGAUGAACAGACCCGAUCGCAGCCAACCUAUUACAUGUGCCCUGCAGAUUGGAUUGGUCGAUCUUCUCACAAGCUGGUCCGUUCGCCCUCAGGCCGUCGUUGGUCACUCCAGUGGCGAGAUCGCUGGUGCGUACGCAGCAGGAUAUCUUUCCCAUGAGGACGCCAUGCGAGUGGCCUGGUUCCGUGGUUUCUUCUCCCAGCAGGCUGCCGAGAGUGAUCGACGUGGAGGUAUGCUGGCAGCUGGACUCUCAGCAGAAGGCGCCAAGAAGUAUCUGGAUGAGCUGCCUCCUCGUUCGGUAGUUGUUGCUUGUGUCAAUAGUCCUGUCAGCGUGACCCUCUCUGGCGAUGUGGACCAGAUUGAUAAGCUCGAGGCAAAAAUUCAAGCAGAUGGUGUCUUCGCUCGCAAGCUACGCAUCGACACUGCUUAUCACUCACCUCAUAUGGAGGAUCUGGUCGAGGUCGUUGGAAAUGCAAUUGCCUGUAUCAAGCCAGAAGAUCGAUUUGAUGGGUCAAUUCCCAUGCUAUCGUCUGUCACGAAAGAGCGUGUUUACCCUGCAGAGCUGGGUGGGCCGUACUGGGUGAGAAACAUGAUCAGCUCAGUUGAGUUUACUGCUGCUGUGACGCAGCUUUCGAAGUUGAGCGAGUCUAUCAAGGGUCGUCGUCGCCCAGUCCCAAUCAAGUGGACAGCCUUGCUAGAAAUUGGUCCUCACUCUGUCAUGAAGGGGCCAGUUUCUCAAAUUCUGCAAGCUGUCAGUCCAAGCAUGGUAUCGCUGCCAUAUCAUUCACUGGUCUCACGCAACCAAAAUUCCCUGCGGACUUCACUCGAAGUGGCUGGUAUUCUAUGGAGUACAGGUCACGCGGUCGACCUCGCUGCAGUGAAUAGCUGUGUCGACUCCAACCCUCCAGCAAUGGUUUCUGAUCUGCCUUCCUACCCCUGGAACCACCAGACAUCCUUUUGGCACGAGCCUCUCGAGACUGCUCAGCUGAGACAGCGCAAGCACCCGCGCCACGAUAUCCUGGGAGCACCUCUUGACUACCAAAAUGCUCUCGAGCCUCGAUGGAGGAAUUUCCUCCGCCUCUCGGAGAAUCCGUGGAUGUCGGACCAUGUCGUUGCUGGGUCCAUCAUGUUUCCCGCCGCUGGAAUGCUUGUGAUGGUCACAGAAGCAGCCCGACAAAUGGCCGAGAACCAGGCCAACAUCAAGGGAAUCGAGUUCCAGGAUGUUCACUUCAUGCGUGGUGUGGUAAUUCCAGAUGACGAGAGAGGUCUCGAGACUGUCCUCCAAGUCUCGCCUCAUCCAGGAAUGCCUGGCUGGUAUGAAUUUGGAAUUUUCUCACUUCCGUCAGGUGGUGGUUGGAUCCAGCAUUCAAAGGGAGCUUUUGCGACCAGAUAUGAAGAUCGCGAUAGUGUUCAGUGUGCAGACAACUGGGCUGCUGCGGUCGCUCGCAUCAAAGAUACCCAGAAUGUCGCUCAGCCGGGCGACAUGAGCCAGGCAUAUCAAUGGCUCUCGCAGACUGGAGGACUCACAGUUGGCCCUGCUUUCCAAGCAAUGACCGACGUCUCAUUCUGCGACUCUGCACCGCGUAUCUGGGUAUCUGGUUCAGUGACCGAUACAAAGUCUGGCAUGCCUUCCGAAAAAGAAUCUACGAGUUUCAUUCACCCCACCACUCUUGAUUCUCUCUUCCAGAGUGCCCUUCUGUCAUGCUCUGAGGCCCUCUCGAAUAACAAUGCCUACAUCCCCGUUGGAGUGGACCAUGCCUACAUCUCCGUAGGAUUCCACCCUCAAGCGGGUGAAAAGUUUGUGAUCCACACGGAAACUCAGUAUCGGGAUGGAAAGUCACGGUCGCAAUGUAUCGCGUCGGAUACCUUUUUGUCUCAGCCUUGGGUGACUUUUGAAGGCGUCCGGCUUGGGCGACUUCCUUUCAACCCUAACUCUCAGAAGCAACAGGAUAUCAACUCGGAGAGCCGCUACUCUUCGAUCGUUUGGGGGGAGCAUCUCGAGUCCCCACUCGCCACGGCCUUGACUCAUGCAGAGAACAAGAAGGGGGCGGCCGUCGAAAACGGCCUGCUGCAGCCCAGUGACUGGAUGAAGCGCUUGUGCCAUACCAAUGGAGACGCUAGAGCGCUCAUUGCCACUACCACCACAUCCAGUCCUUGGAUCCAAAGCCUGCAAGCCUUCACUCCAAGUAAAGGAAUUCGACCUUGCUGGAGCAAAGCCACCAUUGCCCUAUGCGGUGGUGAUGACGAGCUGAAGGAGAAGAUAUCUGGGGAGAAUGUUGGAACUCAAGUGACAUCUCUCUCUGCUAUUGACGAUCUCGCAUCAUCCUUCUCGGAGGCAACUUACGACUUGAUUGUUAUUGAUGAGCCACACAUUUGGGGCGGCAAAACCACCAAUGCCGUUGUUUCUUCUUUGCCCACAAUCCUUGAUCAAGGUGGCUUCGCAGCAAUCAGGGUGUCGGAAAAGAACUUUGAUCUUGCCGUUGAGACUCUACAGCGCUUUGUCGGUCUAGAAAUUUAUGAUUUGACUGCAGACCGCGGCUUCAUCAUCGCUCGCAAGACACCGGAGGUUUGGACUACCGACCCUGAGAUCUUUGUUCUGGGCGGAAAGGAAAAUUCGGAAUCGCAGGCCAUCUUUGAUUCUCUCGCCAAGAUCUUCACCACUCGUGGUGCUCGACUCGUACCAACUGGAUUGGAUGAGGCUGCUUCGCUGGCAGGCAAAACUGUCAUUUCGUUGCUCGAUCUGGAAAGUUCCUGGAUUUCUGACUGGAAAGAAAGUGAUUUGAAGAGCCUCCAGAGUCUCAUCAAAACCCAGAACCUUCUAUGGGUCUCACCCUUCUGGGGCCAAGGGCCGAUCGAGAAUGCUGGAAAUGGUGCCAUGGGCGGUCUUUUGCGAACACUACGCAAUGAACACUGGAACACCACUCUUCCCCAACUGCUUGUCGAUGAGCAUGAUUUGAAGAAUGUCACCCAGCUAGCCUCCACAGUCCUCCAUGUACUCCAAUUGACCACUCAAACGUCCACGCGCCGAUCGGACUUGGAAUUCAGACUUUCCAAUGGCAAGCUGCUUGUUCCACGAGUUGUCGAAACACCUGCUGUGGACGAGGCUAUGCAGACCUUGAUGCAUGGCCCUAGGCCAGUUCCUUCCGAGCUUGCGCAGGAUCCCAGACAUCUCCAAUUGAAGUACCAAGAUGCGAACACAUUCCACUGGGAGGAGAAGCCAGAUGUCGUUGCAGAGCUUCCUCAAGAUCAAGCCGAGAUCAAGGUUGAAAUGGCCUCGUUGUCCAACUUGAAUGGCGAAACCGGCAAAACCCCAGACACCGUUCUCCCAAUGUUUGAGAUUAUCGGCAAGGUUACUCGCAUUGGUUCCAGUGUGCGAGACCUUGACGUCGGCGACAAAGUGCUGACCCUGGCUUCGCAAGCAUCGCCACUUGCAACAACAAUGUGCCUUCCCGAGAGCGAGACGGUUAGAAUCCAUGCCAAUAUGAGCCCAGAAAAGGUCAUUUCUACUCCGCUUGCAUAUCUCAACGCGCAUCAAAUCAUCACCAAGGUCGGUCGUCUCGGCUCGAACGAUUCCAUCCUGCUUGUUGGCCCCAUUAGUCAGACUCUGCGAUCAAUGAUUGACUACUCCCUUGCCUUGGAUAUGCAAGUCAUUGUGGCUACCGACUCUCAAGACACAAUCGACAAUCUGGCUUCCCGCUAUCCGACUCUCAAGGACCGUGUUCUGAGCGUUCACAGCAGUCUAGAGACCAGCGUUUCCAGACUAACCAAUGGAAGUGGAAUUGAUGCUAGUGUGUGCUUCAUGGGGGGUUAUCCUGGCCGAGUUGCAGCAAGAUGCCUUUCUUCUGGUGGGCAGUACAUCAACCUAUCCAGCGACAUGAAGCUCAGCGCGCUGCCUGAAAGCUUUAUUGACAGCGGCUGUACAUUCUCUUCACCUCAACUUCAAAAGACAUUCUCGGAGAAGCCCGGAAAUCUCCAUUCUUCUCUUCGUCAUGUCAUUGACUUCAUGAAAAAGCAUCAACUGCUGGAGCGAGUUGAGCCCUACCGUGCAUUCUCUAUAUCCGAUCUCCAGACUGCUCUCAAGCACUGCCAGGGUAACAACACUCGUGCUAUACUCGACGUGCAGGCACCUGGAAAGGUUCCAAUUGUUCUCCCACUGCCUGAUCUUACCAGAUUGCCUGCUCAAAACACAUAUAUCCUGGCCGGUGGUCUGGGCAACUUAGGACUGGCAUUUGCUGAGACUCUAGUUGAAUCUGGGGCUCGGCAUCUGGUAUUUCUCGGACGAUCUGGCGUGGCGCAACGCGGCCAACAACUAUCCUCGAUCUACUCCGUGAUCAAGGCUGCCGUGUCGACAUAG